UUUUGACAGGUCAAUCUCCCGCGCUCAAAGUGUUUAUUUUAAUACUGUUUUAAACAAUGAUUUUGGCGUGGUUUUUAUAAUUUCUUUGGUUAAACUGUGAAUUAAUAUACAACUGUGAUUAAUAGUGCUGCAAUGAGCAACGCAAAGGAACGGUGUAAAAUUUAUACGGACUCAAAAUUAUCAAUUCAAAAAAUAUUGUCUAAAAAAGACGAUAUCGACGAAAAUGUUAUUAAAAACCAGUUAAUUUUGAUCAAAAACGAUCUUAUAUCGCCCAAAGACGAAUCUGUAAGGAGAUCAGCUUUAGAAAUGCUGGAAUUUUUAGUUGAUAACGUGAAAUCCGUAAUACUUGAGACUGAAGUUAUUAAAUUGGUAAAUAGCCAAAUUUUAAGCCAAAACACCAAAGAUUGCAUUGUUUUGGCAUUAAAAGAGUCCAUUUUCAAGUCUGUACAAAACGACACCUUUAAUUUGACUCAACUAUUAGCCCUAUGGAAAAAUCAGAACAUUUUAAAGUUGGUUAGUAUUAUUGAGGAGUUAUUUAAAGAAGAUUUGUCCAAAGAAAUGACCAAAAAAGUUUUCCUCAACAAUAUUAUACCUGAUUUAAUGAACAUUAACACAAACAAUGAAAUACGAAACGUCUUAAUAGUAACAGCUUAUAAGUUAAUACAUUUGGUACCGAGUUCAGAAUUAACUACGGCUGACUAUCAAGAGUUUGUUAAGUCUGUUACCAAUACAUACAUAAAAUCAAUAUCGGAGCUAAGAGAAAAGGAUUACGAGAACUGGCACAAGCUAUGGAUUUUUAUUGUGAGGUUUUGUGGUGUUAACAUGCAUAACACCAUGGAGCUAACCAACAAACUUCUACGAGUCGUGGAAUAUGCAUUCAGAAAUCAAAAUUGCGACCAAAGAUUGAAAGGUUACGACUGUUGGAAGGAACUAAUCGACAAUGCAAGUUUGAACCCACAGUACUUGACAAGCUCCAAACAUAUUAAGCUACUUAUUACCCCACUGAAGGCUAAAUUCUCAAAACAAGCUCAACUGAUUGUGAAGAGGUUCGAGGUUUUUGUUUAUUUACUGUCUAAAUUGGGCAAUAAGGCUGUAAUGUGCUUGAAUGAAUUUUUGGAGUUUUGUUUCGGACCUGUUGGGAAAAAUUCCGAUCCAAACAAAACUGGGCAAGGAAAAACUCUGGACACUUUGUGGGAAAGAAGCAUUUCAGUACUUUUGGAAUUAUUAGGCCAUGAUGAUCAUUGUUUGGUAAAGGAGUGUAAUUUUGACUCUCCAGUUAUUAAUGGAGAAAAUAUUGAUGGUUUAUGUCAUAUAAUCUCCAAAUCCAUCCAGGAAUGUAGCUUAAUCUUAAAGAAUGAUACAUUUGACUCAAAAAGAGAGGUGUUGAUUCAAUGCCUUUGGAGAUCAUUAUUUAACAUUAUAACUCAGGCAACAGAAGACAAAAUUGAAAUAUGCACUGAAAUUUUAGUACCAAUUUUGAAAAAUUUAAAAAAAGAAGAUAAAGAUGUUCACAUAAAAAAUUGCGUUUUUCCUACCAUAUUUUCAGCAAUUAUUAUCAAAGAUACUUAUUUUACUAAAUUAAUUUUGACAAAAGCCUCAAACAUACUUCUGCCAUUUAUUUUUGAAAAUAAUACAAAUAUAAAUUAUGACUACAAACUUUUCCAAAACAUAAUAACCAACACUUUGGUAAAUAAAGACAUUUUCCAAGAAUUUUUAAAUUACUUUGGAAAAUCCAAAAUCAACGACGAAAUCAACUUACCGCUAUGUUGCGAUUCUUGGAUUGCUUUUUAUAGCUGCGUUGCUCUGGAAGUACACAAUUUUGAAAACAGCAAUUUUUAUUCAUACCUGUUAUGGCCUUUGAACUAUUUUAACCAAAUGUCAAAUGUACAAUUAAAGGAUAUUAAGAAUGCCUGGGUAAAUUUAUACCUAAAGCUUACCAAAAAUUCCUAUACAGACAAAAUAAACAUCUUAAGGGAAAUUGAGAAAUUAUUCAAGCAAAAUCCUAUGCUAAUAUCAAAUAUUGUUCUUAGUAUUAUGCUGAUAACACAAUUUGAGACUGACUUUAACAAACAUUUUGUACAAAAAAUAAUGGACUUGGUCGCUUUAUGCCUUGUUUUACCAAACUUGAAGAAGGAUGAUGAGCUUAAAUUGACAGAUGUAGUUGCACAUUAUCUAGAGUCGCACUUAAAGGUUUACAGUGAAAGUGAUAAUGAGGAAGCCAUAUCGAAAAUUUGCGUGUGCCUCGAACAUGUUUUGAAGAUCCACAAAAAUUUUGACAUCUUGGAAAGCCUGCAAAACCUUAUAGUUGCUUUGCAACCAAAGUUAAAAUCUUUGUUCUCAAAGUCAUUCUCCAAACUAAUUUUCACCCUCUACUCCGAUCAAAGCGACCUAAAUAACCCCACAGCCAAAACAAUGCAAAAAAUCAUGUUACUCUUGGAUGGCGAAGUAUCCGAAUUACCUAAAACCCCCAAAUUCCCCACCCCUUUCAAAAUAUCGACGCCGCCUAGCAGCAGAUCCACCAAAAUCGCGAAUCUACUCAAAAACACCCCCACCACCCCCAAACAAAGUAAACCUUCGAUGUUGACGCUCUUCGGUAAAAAAGUGGAAUCUCCCAACUCGGUGAAGGUCAAAGGCAGCCAGCUAAACAACACUCCCAUCAGAGUCAAAGAGAUCAUCAUGAAAGGCAGUCCGAAAACUCCCAAGGAAAAAUUGGUGCCCUCCAUCGACGACGAAAGUAACUCUCAGUUCGUCGCCAUAGACACGGAGAUCAAGUUCAGACCCGAAAAGUUGAACGAUCACCAGAAGGAAGUGCUACAGAAGCGCAGGGAAGAUAUUCCCGCUUUGUACCAGGAUCUGUCUCAGAGUCAGAGUCAGGAUAUUUUCAACAAGAACAACUCAAAUUCCAACAGUGUUAUGGAGAAAGAAAAUAAGAGUAGUAAUGCACAGGAUGUCUCAGAGACUAGUAUUGAUACAUCCGAGGAAAAAGUCACCAUAAUUGAGAACAACGAAGUUUCAUCAACCAAAGAUGUAGAAAAUUCAUUGCAAAGUUCCAAAAGCGAUUCUCCUAAAAGUCCAAAAAGAACCAACUCUCCAAAAAGUCAAAAAGCGGACGAAUCAAGCAAAAAAAAUAAAUCUUCCAAAACUCUGGCGGAAGAAGAGAAAAAACGUAAAAUCGAAGCCGAACUGAAGAAACUGAAGAUGGACAUCGUGGCGCCAGAUCAAUUUUUACUGUCGACGCCUAGAAGAAGUCGCAAGAAACCAAGCAAUAAAGACGAAGAAAAGCCGAAGAAACCCUCACCCGAGGUCGGCAAGAGAAAAUCUAUCGCUGCAACGCUUGAAAUUAAGGAAGCGACCACCACAGCGGACAAAAGGCGUAAAAGCACCGGUUCCAUGGGUGAGAUCAGUGUGGCGAAAGUCGAGCCCAAACGAGGGCGCGGAAAAAAGGGUAAAAAUGCGGAGAAGGAAGUAACCACCACAAAUAAAGACGUAGAAAUCAUCAGCAAAACUGAAGAACAGACAAAGCAAGGCGUCAAGAGAGGCUCUGAAGAUUUAGAGGACUUUCCAGAGGAGCCUGUUAAGAAGGCAAAACUAACGGAUAGCGAUACGGAAGAUAUCAUAGAAAGUUCGCAAGAACCAAGCGUGUGUUUCACGCCCAUAUCGUCCCCGAAAAAGAACAAAGAAACUCUCGAAAACGUAUCGAAUAUCGAUGAAGAGAUUGAAGUUGCACAACCUGGUGAUGUUAUGGAGACGCAAGAUAUCAUAUCCAACGAGUUUACUAAAGAUAUGACGCCACCUCAAGAAAACCUCAACAUCACGGAGGUUAAUGAGGAAGCCCCGCAAGCAAAUGUUUCUUUGGCUGAUACUAUCACUCAGACGGAAUCGGACCCAUGCAAUGUACCCAUGAAUUUAAAUCCUGCUAUAAUUAAGCUGGACUUGCCGAAAAAAAUCGAAAUGACCGAGUCGGAACAAUUUGUAAGCAAUAUGGAUACCGUUUCGUUACUAUCCGAUAUGAUGGCGCCUGAUUUGGAAAUAACAAUGGAAAACGACAAAAAAGAAGACUUGCAAUCGUCACCCAUAACUGUUCAUACACCUACUAAGAAUACGGAAUUACUUAAUGUCACAAAAGAUAUUUCUCCCAUACCGGAAAAGAUGAACUCGGAAGAGGCCCAAGCUCCUCAAUCCAAUGAAGAGGUGAACGAUUUUUGUUUUUUGGAAGCUACAGUGCACUCACCGGAUAAAGAGGAAAAGAAGAAGGAAGAAGCACCUUGCAAGAUAUCCGAACGGAUGCAGAAGCUGGUGCAAGGUCAAUUCGAAUCGCCAGUCUCAACGCACAGAAGAAAGCAGAAUAGAAUGAGCAUAUCGCCUUCAGCUUCCAGGAUCAGGAAAUUAAUGUCGCCAUUCGGUUACGGAAAAGUCAACCUGCAAAGCGAGUUCAUCAACUCGACCACCAACGAGGAGAAGGUGGACUUGUUCAAGUUCUCCAAAGAACGCCCCAGUCUUAACGGCACGCCGGAAAGAAGCAUAUUGAAGAAAAAAAUGUCCGAACACGUGGACGAUGGCGUUUCGCCUGGCGGUAAAAGAAAGAGAGUGCACUUUACCUACCCCACAACGACAAGCAAAAAAGUGUACCUUAAACCCAUAGAUCCCGAGGACAUGCGUUUGGAGCUGAUCAACAAAAAUCAAGGCGACACAAUAAUCGAUUUCAGAGACUACAUCCACGAGCAACACGAAGCCGACGAUACUUUCGAAUGUAUAUAUCCCCUCUUAAAAGACUGCACGCAAUCCAUAAAAUGCCUUUUUGCUAGAGUCGACUCCUCCUACCAAAAGUUUAUGAAGUUCAACCUGGUUACCAUAGGUGAUCUUGCAAGUUUGCCAGAACAAGAAAUCUUCAAUCUGCCCUUUAAACCCCCCGUCAUAACCAACACGUUUAAAGCCUUGCACAGCUAUCAUAUCGUGAAAAUAUUGAAGGAGGAAUUAGCGCAGGAGAAAACCUGCAAGAUCGAAAUCGACGAGAAUAAUGUUGAAUCCAAACACGCUACUUUUAUCCUGUAUCCGGAGCUGGCAAAGUGUUACGAUCUCGUUGAAAAUCUCUUCAGAAAAAUGAAGAAUCUGGAUCUUAUAUUAUGGCGUUCCAAACUUAAGGAGUACGGAAUCAAACUGGUGUGUGAUUUGGUUGCAAUUUCCGAAAGUAAAAUACUCAGACUGCCCUUCAAAGGCCCCAUAGUUUCCAAUGUGUACCAAGCUUUGGACUUCUACUAUCAACAAAAAUUGGACAAUGAUGUAUCAAUAAAGGACGUCUGUAUCACAUUACCUCUUGAUGAUGACGAUAGCGACUGCAUAUACCCCAAAUUAGCUCAUUCCGGUGAGCCCAUAGAAUUGUUAUUCAACAAUUCGGAAAAUAUUGGUUGUGUACUUGAAAAACUAACCGAGAUUAAUAUUAAAACCAUUGGUAAUUUGGCUGUGCUGACGCAAGACGCGAUUUUAAGCUUGCCUAUCAAAUCCACCUCUGUCCUAAGUAUUUAUAAGGCUUUGGAUAAGUUUUACGCAAGGAUUGCACAGGAAGAUAAAAGCAAAGUUUCCCAGGAAAGUAUACAUGCAAACAGCAAAACAACGCAAGUUAAUUUGGAGGAAAAUGAUGAAGAUGUACUAUCCAAAAUACUUGCUAAAGAUUCCAUAAAUAUUAUAUCCAUAAUGAGCAAAAACCAAGUCGAAAACCUUGUCGAUUACUGCGUCAAAUCAAACAAAAUAUCCGAGAAACACUUUAAGACAGUCGUAGAAAACUUCAUUAAAUCUGACGGUAUGGAAAAAAUAUUCAACAUCAUUUCUGACGCCAUAGAAUCGAAUGAAGACGAGUCAAUUUAUUUCGACUGCAUUUUGAGGCAUUCGGUUGAUAAAAAACCUUUGAUAGCUUUAGUGGAGAAAAGGACUCUCUUGGAGAUAAAAGAAUGUUUGCAGGAACUUAUAAGCAAAGAAAAACAUACCAAAAGAGAGGUUUUGGAUGGUUGCUUAUUGCCUCUCAUAAGUAACCCAAAUGAUAUUAGGACUUACUUUAAGAAUCUCAAUGUGGUGCAGUUAGGGGAUACCAUAGUGAAAUAUGUGAAACCAAAGGAUUUGGACCAAUUUAUAAACAGGCUGUAUCAAUCAUAUGAAUCGGAAAUUUUAAGUGUUGUUGAUAGACGAAAGGUAUUACAAAAUUCGACUCAAAAAGAGCUCUGCCUUGAAGUAACCCAAAGAAAAGUGGACGAAAUGGUGGAAUGUCAUGAAAGUAUUGUUAAUAAACUUCUUGAAAACGGGGAAUAUAAAGCAUUGGAAACUGUUUUUAAGAACGUUAGUAGUAAGCUGUCCAAAAGUACUGUUAGGGAUCUUUUUGUCGAGUUUUUGAAGAAUAUUGACUUGUAAUACGUUUAUUUUAGUUUUUAUAGUUAUACAUAAUUUAUUCAGUUUUAUAUUUUAUUAUUAAAUCAUUUUUAAUUAAGUAAAACUGUUUUUUAAUGUCAUUUUGGGUUAAAAGAAAAACCAAGGUCCUAUAAAAUAAUUUAUUAAUUCCUUAUUAAUAUAUUUUACAAAAUUCUCUUUAAUCUAACUGUACAACUUAUAUAUCGCGUAGGAUACAAAAAUAUAUUGAGCAAAGAUCUAGAAAAAUAAUCAGGUCUUUGUAAACGUUAUCGAGGUAAAAUUCAUCCUUAAACCUAGCACAAUUGAAAAACCUAACUACGGAAACCGGGACUCUUUUAUGAACCUCGGGUGGAUGUUGUGGUACGAGCUGGACCUGGUGAUGAUCUGUGGCGGAUAUCUGGUCUCUGGGGGCGAAUACCGCCUGUGCCUGUGUCUCUCAAAUCGAGGCCUGGUGUCGUAAUCCGGUGGUGCAUGGUGGUCGUAAUGGAGAUUAUCCCUGCUGCUCCUCUCGCGUCUCCUGUAGUAUUCGCGUUCCGAGUCCGUUCCAAAGAUGUCCAGUACUUGAUUAGCGUGGAACUCGCUGAUCGUGAUGUCUGAAUUCCGCCUCCAGGCGUCCUUGUAUCUCUUCUCCAUGGUGUCUUCAACGAUGGGCUUGGUUUUCUGCGAGUUGUUUGAGCUCUCGCUGGAGUUUUCUUCCGAUGUACCCAACCCCAGGUCUUUGUCCAGAUCCCCGAAGCUUUUGAAGGAUUUCUUCGGGUAUCUUUCUAUGGUUGACACCUGUUGGGUUUUUAGAUUGCUUCCGUUCAGCGUGAAUUGCGGAUGGGGAAUGCAGUACGGAUGAGGCAGUGCUUUUUCAACGCUGGACAUUUUCAUGUCGUCUUCGGGUUCGUGUUUGGAGCAACUUCCGGGUCCAAAGAUAGACAGUAGAACGGGAAGUAGGAACAUGCCGUGCAUUGCCCCAAAGAAAACGACUAGGAAAACCAUCUUGAAGAACACAGCGAAUAUAUAAUUAUUGGCCAAGAGUAGAGCAAUCAUUCCCAAUAUUGUACUGACGGAUCCUUGGAAUAUAGGCAGACCUAAAGCGUACAGUGAUUCCCUAACUCUUUCAUCCGGUGUUUUUGCUUUGGAUGACAUGUAGGCGUAGCAUAUAUGAGCUGUGAAGUCGACGCUAAAGCCUAUACACAUAAUUAAGUUGAUCAUGGAUAUGGAGUCCAAAUUGACCCCCCACAAAGCCAUAUAUCCCACAACGCCAGCUUCUAUAGAUAUUAUACUGAAUGCCACCCAUAUUGAGCAUAAGAAGUUUGGUAUGAAAAUAAAAGAGACUAUCAUCAUGAUUAUUGCGCCCAAUGCCAUGU